UACCAUAUGGAGGGCUGUGUCAAUGGCCAUGAAUUCACGAUUGAAGGUGAAGGAAUUGGAAGCCCUUACGAAGGGACACAGAUGAGCGAAUUAUGGAUCACCAAGCCCAAGGGAAAACCCCUUCCGUUCUCCUUUGACAUACUGUCCACAGUGUUUCAAUAUGGAAACAGGUGCUUCACUAAGUAUCCUCCAGGCAUGCCUGACUAUUUCAAGCAAUCCUAUCCAGAUGGAAUGUCAUAUGAAAGGUCAUUCAAAUUUGAGGAUGGAGGAGUUGCCACAGCCAGUUGGAAUGUUCGGUAUAAAUGUAAUUUCUUGUAUAGCAGUCAGAGAACAUUUUUAAAAGAAAUGAAUUCUUCAAGUUUAUUUUUGACAUGUAGCAGGGAGCAGCCGUUUUGA